AUGAAUUCUGUUUUCCAUGAUAUGAUAGGGCAUUCUUUGGAAGUGUAUAUAGAUGAUGUGGUAAUUAAAUCACUAGAAGAAGGAGAUCAUGUGUCGAAUCUAAGGAGAGCUUUCCUAAGGAUGAGACAACAUAAGUUGAAAAUUAAUCCCAAGAAAUGUGAACAGACGUUCAAGUGGGAAGAACAGCACCAACAAGCUUUCGAGGAAAUCAAGCAUUACCUCUCAAAUCCACCAGUUCUGACCUCGCCAAAGAGAGGUAGACCACUCAAGCUCUAUGUGUUUGCAUCAGAAGUGUCCAUUAGGAGUCUGUUAGUUCAAGAUAACAAGGAAGGGAAGGAACAAGCAGUCUACUAUCUGAGCAUAACCCUGACAGAAGUGGAAAGAAAAUAUUCUGCAAUUGAAAGACUUUGCCUAGCCUUAUACUUCGCUGCUGUGAAGCUCAGACACUACAUGCUGCCAUACACCAUCUACAUCAUUGCCAAGACAUAUCUAAUCAAAUACAUGCUAAUAAGACCAAUGCUGAGGGGGAAAAUUGGAAAAUGGACUUUGGCUUUGACAGAAUUUGCCUUCAGAUAUAUUCCUCAGAAAGCUGUCAAAGGACAAGCUGUGGCGGAUUUCCUAGCAUAUCAUCUAGGAGAAGAGAUUGAAAACAUGGACUCUUUGGACAUAGCAAAUGCAGAUCUGCUAGCUAGAGCUCAUACUUGCCUUAACAAUCCUAUCUAUUCAGUUCAUCUCACACCUUGGAAGCUGUAUUUUUAUGGAUCAAAAACUGAUAUAGCUUAUGGGGUAGGGAUUGUUUUGGAAGAACCAUUGGGAAUCAAACAUUGCUAUUCUUUCCAGUUAGAUUUCCAGUGCACCAGCAACAUGGCUGAAUAUGAAGCUUUGAUUGUAGGACUUGAAAUGUUGGUAGAAUUAGGGAUCCAAUCUGUGGAAAUCCUGGGAGAUUCCAUGCUUGUCUUGAAGCAGAUUGCUGGAGAAUACAAGUGCCUAAGUCCUUCUUUGGCUGUCUAUCUAGUGGCCUCUAGAAAUCUUCUGACAGAAUUUAGAGAAGCUACUUGGGAACAUAUCCCAAGGGAGGAAAAUUUUGCAGCCAAUGAGCUGGCUCAGGUAGCAACAGGUAUACAAAUGCCUAAAGACUGUGUACAGAGGAUCAUCAAGAUAGGAAAGAAAAGUCCACCAUCUGUUCUGACUAGAGGGAUGGAGAUAGAUGUCAAUUCUGCCAUAAUCACUAAAGAUUAUUGGAGAAAUCCUAUCAUAACUUACUUACAAUAUCCAACCAUGCCUUCUGAAAAGAGAGUCAGAAUCAUGGCUUUGAACUACCUUAUGUGGAAUGGAGAUUUGGUCCAAAAAAGCAAGGAUGAGGUACUAUUUAGGUGCCUCGGAAAGAAAUAA